UGCACUAAAUAUCACACCGUAAAUUAUACACACACAGUUUCACCAUGGAACACAAACAACAACAUUCAAGGACAACUUAGGAUUUUGAAAUUUGAAUAAUCACACAUCACGAGUAAAUUUAAAAUGUAUCUGAUUGGAUUUUUAAAUAGUUAUUGUUAAAAAUGUAACAGAUUAACAGAAAAUAUGAGAUGGGAAAAGUUUGUCGUAAUUGUUCACUUAUUUUUCAAUGUCAAUGGUUCAGAUUUAGAAACUGAAUCUCACUAUGAAAAGUGCAAGGAAUUUGAGAAAGAGAUGGGGAAACCAAAUAUUUACUAUGAUGAAAACCAAGAUUUAAUUAUGAAUGUAAAGUUAUACAGAGGGAACUCAAACAGGGUAAUAGAUAGUGGGAUGACCUCUGUUGGUAUUCAGAUAAAAGAAAAUGAAGACAUGAGUGAAAAUGAAGCACUAGUUAAAUUUUUAAGCACUGUUAUUGGUGUGAAAGAAUCAUCUUUGACUGUGUUUCCUGGAGAAAAGUCUUUUCAAAGAUCUGUGAAAGUUAAAGGAUCUGCCAUCACUGCCUACGAGUUGAUCGAUAAAUUGGUUGCUGCCUUAGAAGUUACUGCAAAAGAAGAGCCUUCAGCGCUUUGUGUAACGGACCCUGAAGAACUUGCAGAUGUGAAGGAAGCACAGGAUUAUGAAACUAGGGAGUUUGACUGGACAAAUAAAAAUUUGUAAUAGAAACAAUAAUGGACAACCUAUAGUAUUUUUCUUUCUCGAUUCUACCAGUUAAAUUGUUUCACCCUUUAAAUUACCUUAGUUGAAGAU